GUGGAGUGUCCUGUUCCGUGGUCAAGAUGUGGCCGUCCGUGUCCAUCCUGUGUGUCCUGGUGGCCUUCGCCAAUGCUCGCAGCAUUCCUUACUACCCUCCUCUCUCCAGUGACUUGGUCAACCACAUAAACAAGCUCAACACCACCUGGAAGGCAGGGCACAACUUCCACAACACUGACAUGAGCUAUGUGAAGAAGCUCUGUGGCACCUUCCUGGGUGGGCCCAAGCUUCCCGAGAGGGUAGAUUUUGCUGCAGACAUGGAACUUCCUGAUAACUUUGACUCACGGACGCAGUGGCCUAACUGUCCUACCAUCAAUGAGAUAAGAGAUCAGGGCUCUUGCGGCUCUUGCUGGGCUUUUGGUGCCGUAGAAGCGAUUUCAGACAGAAUCUGUGUUCACACAAACGCCAAGGUGAGCGUGGAGGUCUCAGCGGAGGACUUGCUGUCAUGCUGCGGCUUCGAGUGUGGCAUGGGGUGCAACGGUGGUUACCCCUCUGGUGCGUGGAGGUACUGGACAGAGAGGGGCCUUGUGUCUGGGGGUCUCUACGAUUCCCAUGUGGGCUGCCGUCCCUACUCCAUCCCACCCUGUGAGCACCAUGUCAACGGCUCCCGGCCACCGUGCACCGGGGAGGGGGGUGAAACCCCCAGGUGCAGCCGACACUGCGAACCUGGCUACUCCCCUUCCUACAAGGAGGACAAGCACUACGGCAUCACAUCCUAUGGUGUCCCUCACAGUGAGAAGGAAAUCAUGGCUGAGAUCUACAAGAACGGUCCGGUGGAAGGAGCUUUUAUUGUCUAUGAAGACUUCCUGAUGUACAAGUCUGGGGUCUACCAGCACGUGUCUGGCGAGCAGGUUGGAGGCCACGCGAUCCGGAUCCUGGGCUGGGGCGUGGACAACGGCACUCCGUACUGGCUGGCCGCUAACUCCUGGAACACCGACUGGGGGGACAAUGGCUUCUUCAAAAUCCUCCGAGGAGAGGACCACUGCGGCAUCGAGUCCGAGAUUGUGGCCGGCAUCCCCAGCACGGAGCAGUACUGGAAGCGGGUUUAACCCUCUUGAUCAAACCACAAAUAAUCUUGAGUCCCCGAUGCUUUUAACUGAUAGCGGGUUGGGUGCAGAGCCCCCCCUCUUCUACCCUUCUAAGAGACUAUAGUUGAAGUUACUUUAUUAAAGCUUUUUAUCUUUUUUUUUCUUUUUUUUUUUUUUUUUUUUUUUUUUUUUUUUUUUAAUUGUAUGGUGGAGCUGGAGGUGGAACUGCUCUCUGGAAGCCCUCUGCACCUGGUGGGUUGCAGCUGUGGGGCAUUCCCUGCUCAAAGGACUGCUGGAGGGCUCGCUGGCCUCUUGUGCCAUGGUAUUUGGUUAGCAUGGGCCCCUUCCAGCCCAGUCUGUUACUGGGAGGAUAGGAAGUAGUAGCUUUGUACUGGGACUUAGGGACUUGGUGGGGCGGUGGAGAUGGACCCUGCUGGGAAGCCAUGGCCAGGGGUGAUUUGUGCUCCCCCCUGGCUGGGUUGGUCUGACUGUCAGUGCCCAAAACAAGCAGGGUACGUUAGUGUGUGCCUUUAACUGGCUAAACUUAGAUCUAUUCAUGAUAAAAUACUGAUGAACUUGAUGAGGAGCUGCUUUUGGCCGGAGCUGCAUUAAGGCCCCUCCAUGCCUGCAACAAGCCCUUUGUGCAUUGCUUGCCCUGCUCUAUCCAUUCAGCUGCUUUUUAAAAAAACGACCUGUUCCUCAGCUGUUUGUUUGCUUUUUUUUUUGUUUGUUUGUUUGUUUUCUGAUGUAGUCUGGGGUUAUUGAUCCUAAGGAAGGGCCUGGCUGGAGCUCCAUGAGCUUUUGAUCAAAUGUCCUGCAGGCAUCUUAGGAGCACGCUGGGAAGAGCAAACCACUAUGCAUCCACGGCUGGGCAGCUCAGUGUGUGCAGCAGGUCACGCCUUGGUGAGAGUGCUGCAUCCAGAACUGGUGUCGGUGGUGCUUUGGGACUGGAGGUGCCCAGAGCAGAGAUGAGGGAUGUGCUCCAGCUCUGCUGCAGGGAGCUCAUGCAGAUUCUUGGAGGUAUCCUGCUAACUUGCACACAACUGAAGCUUUUGGGUUGUUUUUAGCCACAGGUGUUAAGGAGGAAUUAAAAAACCCUUAUUUUUGUUACUGUGGGGAGGUGUAAUAACUGUAGGAGGAAUCAUGUGACUUGCCAACACUAAUAUAGUGAAAGAUUUUUUUUUUUUUUUUUAAUGCACAAAAGUAUAUUGCUGAGCUGAGGCUACAGGCCUGAAAUGCGUGAAGCAGGCUCUCCCUUGCACUGUAAAAUAGCCCCUUUACCUCUGCUUACUCAGACACCAGUGAGACAGAGCUGUGGUGUAUGUGAUCGGAACAACUGUGCCAAUAAAUGAUUUCUCCAAA